GUUCCCACACGGUAGAGAAAAUGGAUGGAUGGAUGGAUGGAAGAACCACCCCGAGCGUUUCGGUGUGAUCAGCCGACGCCCUGACCGCUCCGCAUCCAGGAUGAUGAGCAAGCGGUGCACCGGGAUGAUGGCUUUUCCCUGAGCACGGCGGAGAGGCGGGGGAGAGGAGGAUAGACGUCAGCAUCUGUCGGCCAGCUCCCUUUGUGUUCAACGGAGAAUGCGAAUGGCGAAAGAUGACAUGGCAGAGGUAGAUUUGGCAUCAAACGGAGCGGAACCCCGCCCGCGGCCCCCUUCCGCGGUCCCCUACGAGGAGUACGAAUGCAAAAUCUGCUACAAUUAUUUCGACCUCGACCGCCGGGCGCCGAAGAUCUUGGAGUGCCUGCACACGUUCUGCGAGGAGUGCCUCAACACUCUGCAUCUGCGGGAGGAGCGGCCAUGGCGCAUCAGCUGCCCCGUGUGUCGCCACCGGACGCCGGUGCCGGAUUAUCGGAUCCAGAACCUGCCCAACAACACCAAGGUGACAGAGGAUUUCCCGCUCUAUAUCGACUCCGACCCCCUGCCCCAGGACGCUCUGCCGCCUUACCCUCCCCCGCUGCACCCGGCUCUCGUAGCCCUCCGCCGGGAGGAGGCGUCGGGGGCGUCGGGGGCGUCCGGCGGCCAAAGCCAAAGCCAAGCCACCCCGUCCACGACCGUGUCCACGGCCACGACCAUCUCUCAAGACUCUGUGCGCUACGACAGCUGUCAGAGCUGCAAGAGAGUGGCUUUAACCACCGGCUGCGUGUGUGUGAUCUUCUCCUUCCUCUCCAUGCUGGUGUUGCUGUUCAUGGGCCUGAUCUUUGUGCACAGUCACAGCAUCCCUCCCUCCCCAGCGGGACCCAUUUGCUUAUCGGUGGCCAGCAUUCUGGCCAUGUUCUCCGUGGUGGUCACCUGGCUCAUCUGUUGGCUCAAAUACAGACCGGACCAUGAGACGGGCCGCUCAUCUAGCGCCGGUAACUCGCGGAGAAACGCCUGAGCUGCUUUGGACUGUUCGUGCGAGCUUACUUGGCUGUGUUUUGAUCGACACACUGACGUUGCCCUUUGACCCUUUACCUUUUCUAGGGUUGAAGUACUCCGAAAUGGCCUUCUAUCAGUGCAACAAACACCCAAAGGCCUUUGUUGUUAUUUGGAGCAAUAGGCCAUCCUGAUCCUGAAUCAUCCCAACCUCGAGUUAAAUGAGUGUUUGACUUGAUCACGAAUUUGGACCACAACCGAUGACUUAAACCAUUGGUGUCAAACUCAUUUUUGUCGCGGGCCAUAUUGUAGUUACCGUUUCCCUCAGAGGGCCGUUAUGACCGUGAAACCAUAAAAAUCUUUAAUCGCCUCAUCAUACUUAACACACGAUAUUUAUGAACUAGUUUUGGAAUCAGAAAUCAAGGGGAAUGGGUUUUCAACUAUUGUUCAUGUUUGGUAACACAAAAAUGCUUCCAGUAUCUCAACAUUACCAUUUAUGAUAUAUGACUAUUUGAAAUUUCGGUGCAGAUUUGAACAAGAAUCAUGGAAGUUGACACACAUGAUUUGCCUUCGCGGGCCACAUAAAAUCAAGUGGCGGGCCGGAUCUGGCCUCCGGGCCUUGAGUUUGACACCAUGACUUAAACUAUGCUUGAUUUGGUGAGUGUGCGGUGCUUCUUUCCAGCCCAACGUCCCUAACUUGUAACAUAAGACACCUUUUAAUUUCACACUACUCCACUGCCCAUUGCAUUGCAAAGAAGCGAUGUAGCGGUUGGAUGUAAUGAGCGCUUUAUCCACACCUUCCACCUCCUCCAGCUUUCGUCACUGUUCCACGCGGGAUGGCACUGUUUAAUUAUUUAUUUAUUUUUUUCUCAAUGAAAACACUGACUGCAGGAUUUGCUAUAUUUGGUGAAGCUUAGAGGGAUGUACUCAGCGAAAGAUUUAGAUUUAUUUUUUUCACUCUGUGUUUGUCAAUAUAUG